AGUAUUUAAAAAAAAAAUUUAAUUAUUUGUUUACAAUCUACCUGCUUAGUAUCUAUAUUGUAUAAAGUAGGACAUGUGAUAAACGAUAUAUAAUCGCGAAUGAAUAAUGUAUAAACAUUGCAAGUCUCAAUAUGUGACGUAAAGUUGUCUUUUCAGUUUCGACAUACAUGAACAUACGAAGAUAUUGCGCACUACACAGUUCAGUCUAAACCUUGUCCUUUCGUUUCUUUGGACAAUCUUUGCAUAUGCGUCAUUGGCUAUACAUGUACUAUAAAGGACACUGACACCAUACAGAGCAUUAAUUACUACAAUGAGUGUAAAAGCACCUGCUGGAUAACAGCGUUCUAUAUAUGAACGUAUACAAAACUAUUUUGAUUGAGCCUUCAGUGGACGGGUUGCAACAAAAAUAACAUACGAAUCAUGGACUUGUUGAACACUGUGAUCCUUGGAGAAGAGUAUUUAUAUGCAAAUUUGAGCUGUGUGUUCCUUGGGUAACACACAAUGGCCAAUAAUGAUAAACCGCAAUUCAGAAAGCUAUAACUGAACAUGAUAAUAGAAUGACAUCUGUUUGUGGAUUGUUGAUUAAUUCGUCCCUGAAACAAGAGCAGAAAUACAACAAAAUUCAACAACCAUGUUUUGCUGUAACUGUGACAUAAAUCGACAAUACUAUCCUGAUAGCCUCAUAUUGUCCUGAUAAAACAGCUCAUCUGACUCAGUAUCGUACACAGAUACAUAAUAGAUACAUAGAUAACGUAUACAUAUAAUGUGUAACAAUUGAUCAAUUUUAAACCGAUAUGCUCCACACUUGGAUAGGUUCGCACAAAACAUAUAUGUCAAGAAGCCAAGAGGAUCUUUGUGGCAAGUUUGUGCACCAUUGUGGAUUAAUACGUAGUUUAAGUUAUUGUUUGCUGAGGAAGGACGCUCCCGGCCGGUAUCUCAUAUAAACUGUAAAAAUAUAUGGAUAUCAACGUCGAAAACGAAAGCAGAUCCUAAAUGUAAACCCCUGUCCAUUACUUUUAGAAGUCAAGUAUGUCAGUUUCUUUAUUGAAAGUGUAAAUUCAACAUUCAUCUUCUUCAACAACAUAUUCACAUUGUUCACGGGCUUAUAGUAUUCUUAUCAACAACGAAAUCAUAUUGGACCUUCCAUUGAAAACAUCUGAAACUAACUGCAAGUAAGCAAUUACCCUGCAGCAAUCCACAAAUUAUACAUAUAUUCUACUUACAAUCUGACAUUUGAUAACAUUGUUUCAUCUGAGAAAUGCAUCCACAAUUCUACAAAUGAAAAGGCUGAAACCGAUUCCAUAGAUUCUUUAGCUGUCAAUAAUAUGGAGGCGUUCACACAAGACGUCGACGUCGCAGAAGACAACUCAUCGCCAUUGCUCACAAUAAUACAGUAUGCAAGUUUAUACAUUGCAAGUGGAAUGACAACGUCCGUUUACAUCAUAGAAGGCUUCUUCCACACCAUAAGUACAGCGAUGGCGAGUAUAGUUUACUUUGUAACAGCAACACUGGAUGUUGUAUUAAGAUCCCCCGUGACUGUGAUAACAACUUUGCUCAGCCUUAUACAGAACAUUUUGAAUGGCACUUUAUACAUUCUACUUGAUGUGAUACUCUUUUGCAUGAAAGAAUGCCUUGUUUUCGCCAUCAGAGCAAUUAUGUUCAUCCUGAGCACUUGUUUUGUUUCCAUCCUUACUGUAAUCUCAGUGGCUAUAUCUUUACUGUCUACAACAUUAGUAGGCUAUAUAAGUAUCAUCGACCUUGUCGUCUUCAAUAUCGUCUUUCCUGUAUGCGAUGUACUGUUCUGGAUAUUAGCAGGAUUACCUAUCGUAGUAGGCUCGUUUUACCUGCUUGGAAAAUUGGCACAUGAAAGAGUUUGGGGACAAGAAGGAAUAAAAUACCUAUUUGCGUUGCCUGUUUUAUACGCUUCUGUGUAUAUUUGGAGAAAAGUAUGUGGCGUUAUUCUAUCAUAUAUUGUUCACCCAAUAUGUUACAUUUGUAUAUUGGUAUAUUGUAUGCUUGUAAUUGUGAAAUUAUGCCAAAUAAUAGUUCACGAAGUACGCGAGUUCAAGUUUAAAGAAGCACUUAAAAGGAACCCUACAAAGAACGACGCCUUAUGCAAAGAGUGCGUUAUAUGCUUUGAAGAAAACGUGUUCGUAACGAUAGUUCCAUGUAUGCACAGCAAUAUAUGCCAGUCGUGCAUUUCUCGUGUAAAAAUGGACUCUAACCUAUGUCCAUUAUGCAGAGAAAUAAUUCAGGACGUCCAGAUACCACUGACAAAGAAAUCAAGUUAUUGACACUCAAACCAUUGUCUACGGAUGCCGUCGCUACUUAGGAACAGAAAGGAUGUGUUUUUGUAUUUCAACAAAUUCUACUAUAUUGCCUCAACCUAGACAGUUUAAAACAAUUGAGAAAAUUGGCAAAUUUAUUUUCAUGAAUGUUUAUUGUUACAAUUUUGCUGAAUAAUGUAUUAAAAAUCUUAUAUUUUAUUU